CCGCGCAUACACAACUGACGACUAUCAUCGCCACCGCGAACUCCCCCUUGCUACAUGCGGCCUUGUCGCGACUAUGGCACUAUUGCUAGAAUAUCUCCAAGGGUCUAGUAUCUCGCUGACCGCUCUCGGUAUCGUGCUGCUUGGAAUCGCACUUCAUCGGAUCUAUGUUGGAGCCACGGGCGAGCUCAGUCAUGUUCCUGGCCCGCUGUACUCAGCAUACACGAAUCUCGUUUUCAAAUGGUACAAUUUGAAGGGAGUCAGAUGGGACUAUGUUCACAGUCUUCAUCAAAGGUAUGGGCCAAUCGUUCGAGUGAGUCCCAGCGAGAUUUCAGUGGCUACCAUCGAAGCCACGAAGGAGGUGUACAAGAUGGGAGGCAAAUUUCCCAAGACCGACUUUUACCAAAGGCUCAAAGGCGCUCCUCACCUUCCCAAUGGCAUAUUCUUUGAGAUCGAUCCCAAGGCACACGGCGCCCACAGGCAACGAACUGCUCAUCAGUUCUCUGAAAAGUCAAUCAAGGGUAUGGAAUCGUACAUCCGUCGUAACACCGACUUGACGGUCCAGCGGAUGGCUGAAGACAUCGACGCAACGUCACGCACCGAUGCCUUCAAGUGGUUCUUCUUCAUGGCGACAGACGUCAUUGGCGAAGCUUCCUUCGGAGAGUCAUUCAAGAUGCUCGAGACUGGAAAGAAGAAUCAGUACAGCCGAGACUUGGAGUUCAUUGGUGAAUCCAAUCUCUAUCGCCUCGAAUUGCCCUUUCUCAUCAAAAUUCUGGCGCCUUUCGGUCUCGCGAAACGUGUUACUCAGAUGUCCAAGCGCUUCCACGAGUAUGCAAACGAGUCGCUCAAUCGCUAUUGGACCGCAUACCGUGAAGAUCCGGACAAUGUUAAACCGACAUUGCUGACGAAGACCUUUGGAAUGGUGGAAGAGGGUAUCUUGCCAGAGGACACACUCGAGAUUGACGCGCGACUAAACAUCAUUGCUGGCACCGAUACCACAGCCAUGACUUCCAUCUCAAUCGUUUAUCAUCUUCUACAGAAUCAAAGCAUGCAGUCACGACUUAUCGAAGAGAUCGCAAUUCUGCCGAAGGAUUUUGAUGAUGAGGACUGCCGGAAGUUGCCGUAUCUCGAGCAGGUUAUUCAAGAAACCUUGCGGCUGAGUCCGCCUAUUGCCAUGGGUUUGCCGCGUUGGGUACCUCCAGAAGGCACCGAGCUGUCUGGCUACUUCAUUCCUGGCGGCACGGUGAUUGGAAUCCCAGCAUAUUCCCUCCACCGGGAUCCCAAGAUCUUUCCCGAGCCUGAAACGUUUAAGCCGGAUAGGUGGGAGCAGCCAACGGCGGAGAUGAAAGAUGCGUUCGUGGCAUUUGGAGGUGGAAGUCGUUACUGCAUCGGUAUCCACCUGGCGAAGAUGGAGUUGCGUCUUGUUAUUUGCCAAUUCUACAAGAGGUUCCCUCGCGGCGUCGAGCUUGUCCCUGGAUUUGAUGCAAGUACCAAAAUGAAGGUCUUCCAGCACUUCCUAAGUUGCUACAGAGGGAAAAGCUUUUUGAUUCAGGAGAAGUCUUGA